AUGAAUGCCCAAACAAAAUCAUCUUUUAAAGAGCGUCACACGUUGGAAGAAAGAAUUAAGUUGUAUUAGACUAAACAAUUAGCUUACCCUUCAAAAAUAUUAAUAAUCUUAGAACAAUUUAUUGAUUCCUCAUCCACUUCCUAGCUGUAAUAAUACCUUAUAAUUAAGAGAUGCGCAGCUGAUCCCGAGUAGUUAAUGGUAACUUUUGAGGGAGACAUCAGUUAAUUAUUCAAAAAGAAAAUGUCAAAAGCUUAGCAUAUUUCGCUUUUCUUUUUUAUUAACAACGUUCUCCCCUAAAAAGGUAAAUAAUGAGUGUUAUUAUUUAAGAUUAAACGAUGGGGUAAUUGUAGAAAAAAAUGCAAGACUAAGAGGACGGAUUCUUAUAUAUACAAGUAAAGUCUUUGGAAACUUUAGGAUCACUUUGA